AUGUCUAAAGGUAAGGUUUGUUUGGCAUACUCCGGUGGUUUGGAUACCUCUGUGAUUUUGGCCUGGUUGUUAGAACAAGGGUACGAAGUUGUUGCCUUCAUGGCCAAUGUUGGUCAAGAAGAAGAUUUCGAAGCUGCUGAAAAGAAGGCUUUACUAAUUGGUGCUACCAAGUUUGUUCUAGUUGACUGCAGAGAAGAAUUCGUCAAGGACGUUUUGUUCCCAGCUGUUCAAGUUAACGCGGUAUACGAAGACGUUUAUCUGUUAGGUACCUCUUUGGCUAGACCUGUUAUCGCUAAGGCUCAAAUCGACGUCGCUAAGCAAGAAGGUUGUUUCGCUGUUUCUCAUGGUUGCACCGGUAAGGGUAACGAUCAAAUUAGAUUCGAAUUGGGUUUCUACGCAUUGAAACCAGACGUCAAGGUCAUUGCCCCAUGGAGAGAUCCAACUUUCUUCGACAGAUUUGCUGGUAGAAAAGAUCUAUUGGCUUAUGCUGCCGAAAAGAACAUCCCUGUGUUCCAAACCGCUUCUAAACCAUGGUCCACUGAUGAGAACUUGGCUCAUAUCUCCUACGAAGCUGGUAUUCUAGAAGAUCCAAACCAAACUCCUCCAAACGAUAUGUGGAAGUUGAUCACUGGUCCAGAAGAUGCUCCAGAUCAACCACAAGAUUUGGAUAUCGUUUUCGAAAAGGGUUUGCCAGUGAAGUUGACUUACAAGGAUGCCGCUUCUGGCAAAGAAACUACUGCUACUUCACCAUUGGAUAUCUUCUUGACUUCUGCGAAAUUGGCUAGAGCUAACGGUGUUGGUAGAAUCGAUAUCGUUGAAAAUCGUUACAUCAACUUGAAAUCUAGAGGUUGUUACGAACAAGCUCCAUUGUCCGUCUUGAGAAGAGCUCACGUUGACUUGGAAGGUUUGACUUUGGACAAAGAAGUCCGUGCCUUGAGAGAUCAAUUUGUCACUCCAAAUUACUCCAGAUUGUUGUACAACGGUUCAUACUUCACUCCAGAAUGUGAAUAUAUCAGAUCUAUGAUCCAACCUUCCCAAUCUACAGUUAACGGUACCGUUAGAUUGAGACUAUACAAGGGUAACAUCAUUGUGCUAGGCAGAUACUCAGAGACUGAGAACCUAUACAAUCCUGAUGAAUCUUCUAUGGAUAUAUUGACUGGUUUCCAACCAACCGACACUACCGGUUUCAUCGCUAUUCAAGCGAUCAGAGUAAAAAAGUACGGUGAAUCCAAGGCUGCCAAGGGUGAAGAACUAACUUUAUAA